AUGGAAUUUGUCUCAUCAAACUCUCCAAAUUUGAUCAAGAAUGUCGAUCUAGAUGAAGCUAGUCGAUCAGUCAAAUAUCAUCCAAGCGUCUGGGGAGAUUAUUUCUUGGCAUACGAUUCUACGGAAGUCUCUACUGCUGAAAAGGAAGAGCUGCAAAGACAGAAAGAAACGGUGAGGAAGUUGUUGGCUGGAACACCUGACGAUUCACUUCACAAAUUACAACUCAUUGACGCAAUUCAACGCCUUGGUGUGAAUUAUCAUUUUGAAGAAGAAAUUGACAAAUCCUUAGGAUGCAUGCACGGCACUCAUUUAGAGUGCAGUAACAAAGACAAUGAUCUUCGUAUUGUUGCUCUUCGUUUUCGUUUACUCAGACAACAAGGUUACCGUGUCUCGUGUGAUGUGUUCAACAAAUUUAUGGAUGACCAAGGGAACUUCAAGAAUUCUCUUACAACAAAUGUUCAAGGGAUGUUAGAGUUAUAUGAGGCAGCACAUUUUGGAGCAAGUGGUGAGGAAAUUCUCGACAAAGCAUUGGAGUUAUCUUCCUCGUACCUCCAGUCAUACGCCUCCGACACGAGCAGCUCGCUUUUUGCACUAGUCAAUUUAGCCUUGGAAUUUCCAAUUCGCAAGAAUUUGAUCAGAUUAGCAGCCAAGAAGUUUAUUUCUAUAUACCAAGAAGAUGCAUCCCGUAACGAAAUACUAUUGAAUUUUGCAAAAUUAGACUUCAACGUAGUACAAAAGAUACAUCAGAAGGAGUUAAGUGAUAUUACAAGGUGGUGGAAGGCUCUAGAUUUUGAAAAUAAAUUUUCUUUUGCAAGAAAUAGAGUGGUGGAAUGCUACUUUUGGAUAUUAGGAGUCUACUUUGAGCGUAAGUACAACGUUGCAAGAAGAAUGUUAACCAAAGUCAUUGCUCUAACGUCUGUCAUUGACGAUAUUUACGAUGUUUAUGGAACGUUGGACGAUCUUCAACUUUUUACGGACGUCGUUCAAAGGUGGGAUGUUAAUGACCCGGAGCAGUUGCCACCAUACAUAAGAAUAUGUUACAAAGCCCUUAUAGAUGCGUACCUUGAAAUGGAAGCUGAAGUGGAGAGCGGAGGAGGAUCAUAUCGUGUUCAAUAUGCAAAAGAAGAGAUGAAAAAAUUGGUUAGAGCAUAUCUAGAAGAGGCGAAAUGGGUUUACAGUAAGUAUAUGCCAACGACAAAGGAAUAUAUGAAGGUGGCACUCGUGUCUGGUGCUUAUAUGAUGUUGUCAACAACAUCCUUGGUGGGCAUGGGAAACCUAGUUACAAAGGAAGACUUCGACUGGGUUACAAGUGAACCCCUAAUAGUACGAGCGUCAUCAAUAAUUUGUCGAUUAAUGGACGACAUGGUAGGAUUUGGGUUUGAACAAAAAGUCACAGCGGUUGAUUGUUACAUGAAUGAAUACGGUGCCUCAAAGAAGGACACGUUCGCUGAGUUCCGGAAACAAGUGAAGAAAGCAUGGAAAGAUAUAAAUGAAGAAUGUCUUCAACCAACACCAGUCUCAAUGCCAGUGCUUAUGCGUGUUGUCAAUCUUGCCCGUGUCAUAAAUCUUCUCUACGAGCGUGGCGAUGAGUAUUCCAAUUCCAACACUAAGACCAAGAAGGUUGUAAGAUAUGUGCUCGUUGAGCCAGUGGCAGUUUGAAGACUGGA